UAAAUAGGGAUAAUCUUCUAGUAGAUCAUAAGCUUAUUCAACCAAGGCUAAGAGAGCAAAAAUGAAGCCUGACAACUUAAACAUCUUCCUUGUCAUUUUUGUGAUAUUCAGUUUCUUAGCUGCUAAUUCUCAAGCAGAAAUCCACUAUCAUGAAUUUGUUAUUCAAGCCAAGCCAGUGAAGAGGCUGUGCAGAACCCAUAACACAAUCACAGUGAAUGGACAAUUCCCAGGACCAACACUGCAAGUGAGAAAUGGAGACUCUCUUGUCAUCAAAGCUAUAAACAAUGCUCAAUACAAUGUCACUCUCCACUGGCAUGGAAUAAGACAACUUCGAAAUCCAUGGGCAGAUGGACCUGACAUGGUGACUCAGUGUCCAAUUCGACCAGGAAGAAGUUACACGUACAGAUUCACAAUUCAAAACCAAGAGGGAACUUUAUGGUGGCAUGCUCAUAGCAAAUGGCUAAGAGCUACUGUUUAUGGAGCUCUCAUAAUCUAUCCUAAAUUGGGUUCUUCAUAUCCAUUCCCAAUGCCUAAGCAAGAAAUUCCAAUUCUUCUCGGGGAGUGGUGGGAUAGAAAUCCUAUGGACGUAUUGAAGCUGGCAACCUUCACAGGAGCAGCACCAAAUGUGUCUGAUGCUUAUACCAUCAAUGGCCAACCUGGCGAUCUCUACAGAUGCUCCCAAAAAGAAACUGCUGUAUUCCCUGUGGCUUCGGGUGAAACGAUUCUCCUAAGAAUCAUCAAUUCUGCAAUGAACCAAGAACUCUUCUUUGCUAUAGCCAAUCACAAAAUGACUGUCGUUGAGGUUGAUGCUGCCUACACCAAGCCCUUCACAACGUCAGUGAUCGUGAUAUCUCCAGGUCAGACAACCACUGUCCUCCUCACUGCCGAUCAAACACCAGGUCGUUACUACAUGGCUGCACGUGCCUAUCACCCAGCCCAGAAUGCACCAUUUGACAACACUACAACAACUGCAAUCUUGCAAUAUACAUCUGCUCCUUGUAAUACCAAGAAAGGAAAGUCAUUGCCACCGAUCCUCCCCCAACUACCGGCCUAUAAUGACACAAAUACUGUAACUGCAUUCACUGGCCAGCUACGUAGUCCUCAAAAGGUAGAGGUUCCUAUCCAGAUUGAUGAAAAUCUGUUCUUCACAGUGGGAUUAGGACUCAUCAACUGCACUAAUCCUAAUAGCCCUCGCUGUCAAGGUCCAAAUGGAACUCGAUUUACUGCUAGUAUCAACAAUGUGUCUUUCGUUCUGCCAACAAGAAACUCCUUAAUGCAAGCUUACUACCAAGGUCAACCUGGCAUCUUCACCACAGACUUUCCACCUGUUCCUCCUUUGCAAUUUGAUUACACAGGCAAUGUGAGCAGAGGGCUAUGGACACCAGUUAAAAGAACUAAGCUUUACAAGCUCAAAUAUGGUUCCAAAGUACAAAUUGUAUUUCAGGAUACUAGCAUCGUCACACCUGAUGACCAUCCAAUGCAUCUCCAUGGUUACCACUUUGCUGUUGUUGGGACGGGUUUUGGUAACUUCAACCCAGGAACAGAUACAGUCAAGUUUAACCUUAUUGACCCACCCUUUAGGAAUACCAUUGGAGCUCCUCCUGGGGGUUGGGUAGCCAUCCGAUUUGUUGCUGAUAAUCCAGGAAUUUGGUUGCUGCACUGUCACCUGGAUAGCCAUCUCACUUGGGGUCUGGCUAUGUCUUUUCUGGUUGAAAAUGGAGCUGGGCAAUUGCAGUCUGUACAGCCUCCACCACUAGAUCUACCCCAGUGUUAACAUCACCAAUAAGGAUGACAUAACAAUUGAUUUUAAUUGUUGAGUCAAUGGACUGUUAUUGUUUUACUCUUAUUUGUUUUUCAGGUACUAGAGUUCCAAAGUGGACUUUGUCACAUUAAGAAAUUAGCUUGAUAUAUGUCAUGAAUGUGUGCAUCACUUUAGAUUGUAGAAUCAAGAAAAAAAAAAGUUCCAUUUUUAAUAAGUUGGAA